UUUGCUUUUACUUGUUGAAUUUCAUCUCCUCUGGUGAAGACAUACAUCUUACAAGAGUACAGAGAAAACAGGUAUCACGAUUUAUGAUUGCACAAAAAAGGAUGAUGCUACAGAUUUUCGCAAUCCUUGUGUUGCUAAAGGUUGUCUCUGGUCAAGGGGAUUGCACUGCUGGUUCUUGUUACCCACCUCUUGGAGACCUGCUUGUGGGCCGUAGCAGUCAGCUAUCUGCUUCCUCAACCUGUGGUCUGAAUAGGCCAGAAAAAUAUUGUAUCCUCAGUCACUUACAGGAUGAACAGAAGUGUUUUACUUGUGAUUCAAGAUUACCUUACAACCAUAUCAGCUCUACCAACAGCCAUCGCAUUGAAAAUGUGAUCACUGCUUUUGAACCAGAUCGGAAAAGGAAAUGGUGGCAGUCUAAAAACGGUGUGCACCAUGUCAGCAUUCGGCUGGAUCUGGAAAUCCUUUUUCAAUUCAGUCACCUUUUCCUUUCCUUCAAGACAUUCCGCCCAGCUGCAAUGUUGGUUGAGAGAUCCUCAGAUUUUGGUCAAACAUGGAGAGUGUUGCGAUAUUUUGCCUAUGAUUGUGCAUCCGCCUUCCCGAAUAUUCCCCGUGGACCUGGACAGAGAGUGGAUGAUGUAAUCUGUGAUUCAAAGUAUUCUGACCUUGAACCUUCAACAGGUGGAGAGGUUGUUCUAAAAGCAUUGGACCCACAUUUCCAAAUCAAUGAUCCAUACAGCCACGAGAUACGAGAGCUUAUAACUUUUACCAAUCUACGGAUAAACUUCACACAGCUGCAUACACUUGGAGAUACACGUUUGCGGAGGAGACAGGCCAGAGCUAAUGAAAAAUAUUAUUACGCAUUGUAUGAAAUGGUUGUUCGUGGGAGCUGCUUUUGCUAUGGGCAUGCCAGCCAGUGUAUUCCUCUUGAAAAUAUAAGAGGUGAUGUGUUUGACCAGCAAGGAAUGGUUCACGGACGGUGUAUCUGUCAGCACAAUACAGAUGGUGCAAACUGCGAAAGAUGUAAGGACUUUUACAAUGAUUCACCAUGGCAACCAGCGAUAGGAUCAGAGAGAGACGAAUGCAGAAGGUGCAACUGCAAUGGACAUUCUGAAAAAUGCCAUUUUGACAUGGCAGUAUAUUUGGCCAGCGGAGAAGUCAGUGGUGGGAUUUGUGACGAGUGCCAACACAAUACAAUGGGUCAAAACUGUAACCAAUGCAAGCCUUUCUUCUACCAGGAUCCUGGGAGAAUGAUUUCUGAUCCAUACGCAUGUGUCGCCUGUAACUGUGAUCCAGGAGGAUCACUAAACAAUGGGAUGUGUGAAAGUCACACAGACCCAAGCCUUGGAACAGUCGCUGGACGCUGCAUUUGUAAGAGAAAUGUUGAAGGGACAAGAUGUGACCAGUGCAAACCUGGCUACUUUGGACUAAGUGCUGUUAACCCUGAAGGAUGUGAAGAGUGUCGAUGUGAUUCACGUGGCAGUGUGUCAGUACAUUCUGUGUGUGAUGCUAUCAGUGGGGAGUGCCAUUGCCAUCGAUAUGUCACUGGGAAAAACUGUGAACAGUGUCUGCCAAGCUACUGGGGUCUUGGAAACAUUAACUACGGUUGUUCCCCUUGUGACUGUGACAUUGGAGGGGCUUAUGAUAAUUUCUGUUCCUUGCAUGACGGACAGUGUCGCUGUCUACCCAACAUUAUCAGGCGCCAGUGUAAUGAACCAGCUCCAGGCUACUUCUUUGCUCCAUUGGAUUACUAUUUGUAUGAAGCUGAACUUGCAAAACCAAUAGGGAAUAGCGGUUCUUUGGUAGGACCCACGUCUCUGCCACCAUGUGAUGAGUAUUUACGAAGACAAGGCUAUAAUUUUCGAGUGGAGCAUGGUACAUUGAUACUUCAAAGGAUUACGAAACGUCAUAUGCAACAUCAGAGGAAGAGGCAAGUCAUGAAUCCAGAAUCCCAGGUACAGAUUGUUUCCAGAGAAUAUGUUCCCGGUGGACCUACAACUUGGACAGGUCUGGGGUUUGCUCGUGUUCUACGUGGAACAGGACUGCGAUUCAUUGUUGACAACAUUCCAUACCCAAUGGACUUCACAGCAGCCAUUCGCUAUGAGUCAGAGUCAGCAGGUGACUGGAUGGCCAGUAUUCAAGUUUGGCCAACAAAUCAACCAAGUAAUAGCCAGUGCCGCAAUAACCUGCCCUCACGGGAGCCUAAUACAGUUACCUUGCCAGCUACCUCCAGGAUCACAUUUCUUCAUAUUCCAAUUUGCCUGGAGCCCUCAGUACAGUAUAUUGUGGAGAUUUACUUCCAUUCAUUGCCUACUCCGAACAAUCAGUUCAGCGAUCACAUCUUGAUUGAUUCUCUAGGUCUGAUUCCAAUGAUUAACUCUCUGGAGGAUUUCAACAGUAAAACAGAUUUGGAUGAGUACAGACGAUAUCGAUGUGUCGAUGCUGCCUAUCAAGUGGUACCUCAGACAAUACCAGAAGUAUGUGAGAGACUCAUUGCCAGUAUGUCUGCUCGGAUCCACAAUGGAGCUAUCCCCUGUUGCUGCAAUCCUCAGGGAUCAAUCAGUCGAAUAUGCAGCAAGUUUGGUGGCCAAUGCCAGUGCAAGCCUGGUGUGAUUGGACGAUGCUGUGAUUCCUGUGCACCAGGAUUUUAUGGAUUUGGUGCCAAUAGCUGUUCACCCUGUUACUGUAACCGUCAAGGGGCCAUCGAUUCAAUUUGUGAUCAGCGAACUGGACAAUGUCGUUGCCAUAGAAAUACCGUUGGCCAUGCCUGUGACCGCUGCCGACCCGGAUAUUACGGAUUCCCAACCUGUCGUCCAUGUCAGUGUAAUAGUCAUUCGGAAUCCUGUAAUCCUCAAACAGGAAUCUGUGUGAACUGUAGAGCAUUCGCCACUGGAAAUAACUGUGAGCGAUGUAGUGAAGGUUACUUCGGUAAUCCGAGUUUAAAUGAACCUUGUCGACCAUGUCAGUGUCCUGACAUUCCAAACAGUGGACGCUAUUUUGCUCAUUCAUGUUACAAAGACUCGAGAACUCAACAAUUGGUUUGUAACUGCCUUGAAGGCCAUUCAGGAAGUCGCUGUGAGAGAUGUUCUCCUGGUUUCUACGGUACUCUGAUAGGGAUUGGAGAUCACUGUUUGCCUUGCAGCUGCAAUGAUAACAUAGACAGGAGAGACCCAGGAGCUUGCGAUCCGCAGACGGGCAAGUGUUUGAAAUGCCUGCAUAACACCUAUGGACCAAAUUGUCAGUACUGCAAGCCAGGGUAUUAUGGAUCUGCUUUGAACAAGGACUGCAAACAAUGUACUUGCAAUGGCAUUGGACUCGAUAGGGGGCGCUGUGUUCCCAAUAGUUUGUGUAUGUGUGAUCAAGCAACUGGUCAGUGUCCAUGCUUACCAAAUGUGGUUGGGAACAGCUGUGUGAAAUGUGCUCCUGGUUUCUGGAAUCUGCGCAGUGGAAGAGGAUGUAAGCCUUGUUAUUGUGACCCUCAGAACUCCGUCAGCUCCCAAUGUGACGAGGUUACUGGACAAUGUCAAUGCAAAGCUGGCUACAGUGGAAAAACAUGUUCUGAAUGUCAGGAUAAUUAUUAUGGCAACCCAAGAAUACAGUGUAUCUCCUGUAACUGCAGUUUGGAAGGAACAGAAAGGCCUGCAUGUGACAAGACAACAGGUGCCUGUAAAUGCCGUGAAGGUGUAACAGGGCAACAUUGCAACAAGUGUGCAUGGGGUUACUGCAAGGAGUUUCCAAAAUGCACAGAGUGUCAUCCUUGCUUUAAGCUGAUAGAUGAAGAGAUAUGUUCCAUCAUCCGAGCCACUGAAAGUCUGAUCAACAAGACCAACUUCGUGCCUGGACAAACUCCGGGGCCCUCCUAUAAUGAAAGGCUUAAAAAGUUAGGAAAGAAAUUUGCUGCAGUUGCCAACAAGUUAAAUGACUCAGUUGCUUCCCCGGAUGCAUUUGAAAAGACAAAGGAUUACUUUGACAAAAUCAGGGAAAUCAAAAUGCAGAUCAACACACACUUGAAUAUUUCAAAUAACACUGAGCAGCAUAACCGAGAUAUUGAUGAUUUGAAUGAAGAAAUUGACAAGCUCAGUCAGAAAGUGAAUAGAUUCGGAAACGACUCCAGGACAAUAGCUAACGCAAGUGGUAACUUUGAAGACAUUAACAAAUACUAUCAGAAUUCCAAAACCUCACAACAGAAAGUGAAUGAUUCAGAACUGGUGCUGAACAACUCAAAUAUGACAAGAGAAAAGGCAGCUGCCUUGUUAAACAAAACAAUGUUGAUCAAUAGAGAUGAAAUCCAUGCAUUAAACAACAAGACUAAACUACUGGAGUUGAGUAUCCUAAAGAUUUGUGGAGGACAAGGGAAUAUAUCUUGUAAUGAAAGUCAAUGUGAUGAAGCUCUAUGCCAUGACAGGUUUGGAAAUCAAAGAUGCAAUGCCUCAAACUGUACUGGAAUUCUGACCCUGGCAAAUUCUGCAUACACACGAAAUAAUGAAACAAUAAACCAGAUGAAUGAUCUCUUAGAAAAAUUGCAGAAUGCAAUAAGCACGAUUGACUCUCUCAGAAACAUGACACAGGAAACUAAGGAUAAGGCAAAUAAAUUAUCUGAUAAGGUAGCUACGUCUAAAGAUGAACUUGAAAAGGAAAAGCAAGAAACCAAAGCCAUCAUUGAUAAAGUGAAAGAGUUUCUCUCAGCUGACGGUGUUUCUCCUGAAGAUCUUGAAAAAAUUGCAAAUCAUGUUCUUUCCAUCAAGUUACCCAUCAGUCGGGAAGAACUGGUGAACAAAAGCAAACAAAUUCAGAACAUUAUUUCUGAAAUUAAAGACCUUGAGAAAGAAUUGGAAAGAAUGAACCGGUGGUCUGAAGAAGCAAAGACACUUUUGAUACGUGCAAUGAAAACAGUGAAAGUGACUGAAGAGAUCCCAAAUCCAGAGGAACUGCAGGAGGAUCUGGACAAAAUUAAAGAAGCGCAAAAAAAUGUCACAGAUGCAAUAAUAGGAAUCCGUGUUAAUCUAAAUAAUUCCGAUACUGCAAUUUCACAGAUUAAAAAGAAAACUGAGUCAAUUUUUGAGACUCUAAUGCAGUUAAUGAACAAUGUAACAAAGCUGCAAAAUGAAGCUGAAGAAGUGAAAAACAAGACGGAUAACAACAAGAUAAUGGCACAAAAGGCAAAGGAGAAAGCGAACCGAGCAAAAGCUCACGCAGAGGAAGCUGAGCAAGAAUUUCAAAAAAUGAACGAGACUUACGUAAAAUUAAGCAACAUCAAUAUUCAAAAGAUUCCACCUGAUGGAAAACAGAAAGCAGAACAACUGCAACAAGACGCUGCUGAUUUAGCAAAAGACCUGGAAGAAAAACUACAAAGAAUUACAGCCUUGGAGAAGAAGUUACAAGAUGGAUAUCAGAAAAUAAAAGAGAAAGAAGAUUACUUGUCUGACCUUGAACAAAAUGUGACCAGCAUUAAAGCAUUUAUUGACAGCAAGGUCUCUCACUAUGUUGACUGUUUUCCAUAGAAAAUUUCAAUCUUGUCCCUUAAUAUUAUCACUUAUCCUUAUAACUUUUAAAAUUAAAAGAUUUUAAAUCUUACAUAAUGUAAAGUGUAUAAUUCUUUUUCAAAAUCCUAAUAUUGAUGUGGAAAUGUGAUAUCUUGUAGAUUUUUUGAAUGUUUUGCUUUUCACAGUCCAAUCACUGGAGCAAUAUAGCACUAAUAUUUAUACAAACUGAACUUACAGAUGUUGUCUCCUUGAGUAUUCAUUCAGCAUGUUGAUUAUUUGGAGGUUG